AGAAUGCGUUGCGACCUCCGGUUACCAUAACAACGACGUUUGCGUCCCAAAUAGGAGAAAUAUACAGACUCGGUGUUAAUUGACACAUUAGCUGUGAGAAAGGUAGGAUAAAUCUUGUUGGAUUUGGUUUCUAUUGUUUUCGCACUCAUUUAUCUUUAAACUGAACUGCUGACGUCACACGAGACAAGCUUAAUCAAUUUAAAACUACUCUCUGGUGCUAAGAAAUGACUGGGUAUGAUUUGAAGAAGUAGUUGUUUGAUGACAAGAUGAAGAACGCAAUCGUAUCAAGCAGCGGUGAAGUGGCGAGAAUGACCGUCAGGAGGAGCGAAUGUGCGGAUGCCGAGGACAUUGAACGCCUCAUCAGCCCUGAGGCCUUGGAGCUUUUUGGACCCAUUGAUGUCCUUCAAAUCUUGGAGAAGGCCAACCUGGCAGUGACCGUGGCUGGUGAGGAGGGCGACGUGAUGGCCCACGCGGCAUUCUUUGACCAUCCCGACGCAGCGCUGGUUGACCCGCUUCACUGGGAAUCUUUUAUCCCAAAACACUUCAAAGCUGACGCCAUGACGACAUGGAAUACGCUGUUCCUUCAUCUGUUUGUGUCCAAGACCGUCUUCUCCACCGCAAGCUUUCAGCACAUCCUCAGUGCCGUGUUCAACACCACCGCCGAGCUGGACUUUGUGUGCUUGCUGAGCUCAACAUCCGUCUGCUUAGAAGCGGCAUUGAAAAAAAUGUUGGAGCCUCUGGAGCGUCUGACUGAAGAAGAUGACCAAGCGGCCGAGCUGAUGGCAUACGUGUGUCACAGGCGAAGACUUUGUCCGAGACUUUAUGUUCGACCCGCCAGGGUUGAAGACCACGAUGACGUCAUGCACAUUGUGGCCCAGCAGACGAAGAUUCUGUCGUCUAUGCGCCGGCCGUACUUCCUGUCGGAGCUCAUCGAGGCCCAGGAUGAGAACAACCACGCCGCCGUGUGCGAGUGCGACGUCACCAUCACCGGUUUCAUCAGCGUGACGGCAGAGGUGGACGUGAGGCGACUGCAGGAACAUUUUGACCUCAAGCAUUUUGCCGGGUUGUGCAAAGGCGAGCAGGACGACGACGAAGAUGACGAGGAUGAGGACGAUGAGGCCGACCAGGCUGAAGAUGAGCCUCAACUUGACCAAGAUGAGAUACCGACGCAAGAACCGCUCGAGGAACCCGAUUCGGAAGCAGAACAAGAAUGUCAGGAGGAGGAAGAGGAGGAGGUUCUCUCUGCAUCAUCUGAAGAAACCGCACCAGAACCCAACGUCUUCUGUAUCCAGUUCUUCUUCUCAGAGAAGAACUUCGAGAUGAGAUCACUAGAUUUGAUUCCAUACAUAUUCCAACUCUUCCCGGAUCUGGACUUCUGCAUCAUCACCGUCCCUACGCUGUCGCCGGACUUCCCGCUCCUGCAGAACUUCCUGCGAGUUCCUCCGCAACCCGGCAGCCUGUUGCCCUCUGACCUCUUCGUCCUGCACCGCGAUGGACUGAGGAGCGUCAAAGUGCGACCGGCGCUGGAGUCGGACCGGGACGACCUCGCCGCCUUGGUGAGUCACGUGAAGAAAGGCCAAAAGGCUUUGCUACGGGAUCUGGACCUCAUCUUCAACAAGGAAACGGACGCGGCCGAAUGUUCUCUGCAAGCCUUCGUGGUCGACGUGGAGGGCGCCGUGGUGGGGACGUUGAUCAUCCGAGACGAGAUGGACCUGGAGUACAUCCGGGCCCGCUACAAUAUCGAGAACUUCAUCUACUACAGCCAUCACGACGUCCACGAGCACGCCGAGCUGCGCCACUUUGUGCUCCGACGCUGUUUCCAGCACUUCAGCCGACAUUUGUUCAAGGAGACGCUUCGGCUGACCCGCAAGUCCAACAUCUACCACCGCGUCUACCCGCUCGGCCUGGGCCAGCAGGACUCCUGCGUGGAUCAUCUGGACUUCAUCCUGGACUGCGCCGUUCCCGUGCGUCCCCGACGUCAGAUCAUCUACCCGCUCAACGAGCUCGGCGCCAACGCGCCUGCCAGGUGCAUCACUGACGAACAGGCUCCAUUUGGUCUAAACCUCAUCAGCCGCAAACUGACCAUGGAGCCCAAGGUGACGGUCAACGCCAGGAUCGUCCUGGUGGGAGCGUCGGACACGGGCCUGUCCUUCCUGGAGGUGCUUUGUUUUUGCCCUCAUCUGAGAUUCAACAACCUCACCCUCAUCUCCACGCACGGUUUCCCCGCUGAUUGCGGCCAGGCCGGCGGCGAGUUCCUGUCCACCAGCCACGCCUACAGCCCCCGAGACAUGGCGCAACUGCCGCUGCGUUCGUGCGUGACCGAGGUGGCUGAGAAGGUCGUGGCCAUCAACAGGAAAUCCAAACACGUGGUGGUGUCCAGCGGGGCUAAGAUUCCCUACGAUUACCUCAUCCUCUGUACCGGCGUGCAGUACCAGAUGCCAUGUCCAACGCAAGUGGAUCAGGACCGGUCCGCCGCAAAUGAGGAGCGGGAGGAAUCGUCCUUCCCCCCCAGGUACACCGGUACCGUGCCCUCCAAUCUGUUCACCCUCAGCGACCAGCACGACUGCAACGCGGCUCAACGUUGGCUGCUGGAGAACUUUGUGAAGGGGAACGCGAACGCCAUCGUCUAUGGGAACAGCCUCGACGUCUUCACCACCGUGGAGAUGCUGCUCCGGGUCGGAGUGCGCGGCUCCUGCAUCCACCUGGUGCUGACUCCAACCCAGCGCACCUCAGCCAAAGAUUCGCCGCCUGCAAGUGAUGUCGCAAGCGAUGUCCAUCCUCUUGAGAGUGAUGUCACCGAUGACCUGCCCCUUGAAAGUGACGUCACCAACGACCCGCCUCUUGAAAGUGAUCUCAGCAUAGAUUUCCCUCCCCGGAUCAAUGAUCCCAAUGAUUCGCCUCCUGAGAGCAAUGAUUUGCCUCGUGAGAGUGACAUUACGAACGAUUCAUUUCGGGAGAGUGAUGUCACCACUGACCUACCUCUUGAGAGUGACAUCACUAAUGACCCGCCUCCUGAGAGCGACAUCACCAAUGAUUCACCUCGUGAGCCUGACGUCCCCAAUCACCCGUCUCCUGAGAGUGACAUCACCAUUGACCCGCCUCCUGAGCGUGACAUCACCAAUGACCCGUCUCCCGAGGAUGACGUCGCCAACGAACCGUCUCCUGAGGGUAACGCCACCAAUGACCCGUCUCCUGAGCGUGACAUCACCAAUGACCCAUCUCCUGAUGCUGACGUCACCAAUGACCCGCCUCUUAAAAUUGACUCGCCCACUGAUUCGCCCCCUGAAAUCGAUGAGGCUAAUGAAUCGCCCCCUGUGAUUGAUUCACCCAGCGAUUCACCCCCUGAAAUGAACUCACCCAGCGAUUCGCCCCCUGUAAUUGACCCGCCCAGCGAUUCGCCCCCUGAAAUCGACUCGCCCAGCGAUUCGCCCCCUGAAAUUGACGAUGCUAAUGAAUCACCCCCUGUAAUGGACCCGGCCAGCGAUUCGCCACCUGAAAUUGACUCACCCAGCGAUUCGCCCCCUGAAAUCGACGACGCUAAUUCACCUCCUGAGAUAGAUCCGCCCGGCGAGGUCGAUGUCACAAACGAUUCACCUCCCGACGUCAUCAACGAGUCCCCUCCCGAGAGUAACGUUGCCGCCGAUUCGGCUCCUGAGACCGAUGUCGUCGGUGGGCCGGCUCGGGAGAAUGGCACUUGUUCAGAGCCGCCUCUCGAUGGCAGCGUCACCAACGAGCCGCCAUCAGAACCCGAUCUGGCCGGUGACCCACUCCCCAAUGAGCUUACCUCGGAGUCAAACGGUUUCUACUUUUCCGACGCGGGGGUGGAGAACGCGGUGAUGGAGGCCAUGAAGAAGGCUCAGGUGCAGAUCCACCGCGACUGCCUCCUGAUGCAGAUGAACAAUGGCGACCAUCCUGAUCCUCUCACGUCCGUUUCCUUCAGCACCGACUCGGAACCUCUCCACCUGGCCUGCGGACUGUUCGUCAACCUGUCCAACCGAGGUGUGGACUACGACGCCUUCAGCAGCAUCAACAGCUCUUUCCUGGUGUUCGACGGCCGGCUGGUCAUCGACUCCGCCUUCCGAACCAACGACGCCGCCAUCUGGGGCGCCGGCCCGCUCACCAAGUUCUCCCGUUCGUACUACAGCGACGAGUGGUCGCACGGCAACUUCAACUCCAAGGAGGUGGGUCAGGAGUUGGCGGCCGUGUUGCUGACGCACUUUGACCCCACGCUGGAAGCCCCCUGCUCGACACCCAGCCCCGCGGACCGCCUCGUUCCCAUUUACAAGCAGCCCAAGAUCCAAGGUGGCAAGCUACCAGGACGACUAAACUAUCUUCACGUCACCAAACCGGCCGCCACCGGCCCGCAUGGACCUUCCGCGGGACUCGCUCGACGCAUUGCGACGGGUCAUCCGGAGAGCGGCAACUACUUCUGCUUGCAUCUGGACCGCAACCAGGUGGUGAAGACCAUCAUCUGCUUGUCCUUCAAGCCGCUCCCCGUAAGCAACCUCAUGUGUCUCUACGGAAAGCACCAACAACUCCUCGGACAGCUUCUGGUCAGAUUGCACCUGCGGCAGAUAGACGACCUCUACAGCUUCUUUAGGCAGAAUUGGUGUUUAGCCAUCUUUCACGACCGUUUCAACUACUUUGAGGAGGAGCUUCUUCAAGACUACGCUAAGGUUGACGGUGAGGAUGCUUCCCCUCGAGACCUGAUGAAGGACCCCGGCAGCAAAGCGGCGCUGAGUAUGAACGUGGCCAAAUAUUUGGCGUUCAAUCGCAACCUGCUGCCCAUGUUCCCCUGCCCCGAUGACUUGUGACAUCAUCGCAGUAGCACUCCACACACACUGGAGACAUCGUACGCCCCGGCAACACUAAUGAAGGCAGGAUGGAGUUAUGGCGGUGACGGCGUAAUUGGACCUCAGAGACACUGGAAACUUGCUCGCCAUCAUCAUCAUCAUCAUUGGACAUUUAUUGCAAGGGUGUCCGAAGUGCAGCUUUGGGAUUUUCCAGCGCUUAUUUGGGUCCUCCUCAUUUGCCAAUCUGCUUUUCUUAAGUUUUCAUCUUUUCACAAACCCAAGGUGAUAUGAUUUUUCUAUACGUGGCGCUCAGAAGGACGCCUUGCGGUCAUGUUUGAGUCCGUCUGUUUGAAGAGUGGAUGCUGUCCAUCAAAUAUGAAGACAAAUACUUGUUAUGUUGUCCUUGUCUGUGUUGUUGUCCUCUAGCCAAAAUACCCCUGCACAAGCCCCGGGGGGUGAGAAGCGGAGGGGCGGGGAAUUGUUACCUGGCAGCUGGGCCGCAAAGAUGUCGUUGCGCCCUCGAGAGAACACUCACCAUCACCCAUCAUGGAUAUUGCCGAUGCCAUCAGCUGAGGACAACAAGAGCAAAGGGCUGCCUAUCGAAAGGAAUGACUUGCUGAUAAAAACUAGUCACUCUAAAACUAUUAUAGGCCUCAGGAAUUAUUCAUACUGAGACUGGUAUCAAUGAGCAGAGAGUAAAAGGCUAAAUUUGUGAAUAAUGUAUUAUUUUCCACAAUCGAGCUCAUCCCGGAAGCAGCGACGUUCACACU